AUGACCUCCCCAUCACCAUCUGGAAACGUGGUGGUCGUUGGCACGGACGGCACGUCAAGUGUCUCCGAUCGUUGGCCACCCCAGAAAACAUGGAUCUCACCGCCCCGAGUACCGAUAGAUCGGCAUUUUGUGACCGCCGCAGUGCCGCAUGUGCUCAUGUUUUUGCUCGUUUGCAUCGUCUUUACCGCCCAACAAACAAGGAUCUCAACUCUCGAAAAGCGCAUCGAUCAACUUGUCGUUCAGAUAGACCAACUCCCUUCAUCAGAUUCAAACACCGACGACGAUGACGUGGCAAAGUCUCGACGUGUGCGCAAUUCGUGUAUGUGUCCAGCAGGACCUCCCGGAGAACGCGGACCAGUAGGACCACCAGGACUUCCAGGUCUUCCAGCUCCAUACUACCGCCGGCCGAGGGUCCCACUCUCAAAUAAUCUAGAUGAAUCGAUUUCCCGUAAAAUGCGAGCCUUCGGAAUGCUGUACUCACCGGAUGGACAGGCAAUUCAGCUACGUGGAAUGCCAGGGCCACCAGGACCAGCGGGCCCGAAAGGACUUCGAGGCUAUCCUGGAUUUCCGGGUCCAAUUGGCUUGGAUGGUCCACGCGGACUGCCGGGAACCCCAGGAUCAAAAGGAGACCGAGGAGAACGCGGACCUCUGGGACCCCCAGGCUUCCCAGGACCCAAGGGUGACCGUGGUGUCAUGACCGGACCAUACGUAGGACCCCACGCAGGACCCGGCCCAAUGAGUCACCACACAAAUAUGGGUAAUGUGUUGCCCGGUCCUCCAGGACCGCCUGGACCCCCUGGACCAGCUGGAAGAGACGGAAGACAUGGCUUGAAGGGAGAUCGUGGGUUGCCUGGCUUCGACGGGGAGUCGAAGAUCGGACCGAAGGGAGAGACAGGGAGCCCUGGAAGAGAUGGAAUCCCCGGCGCAAGAGGACCACCAGGAGAACGGGGAGAGAAGGGAGACACCGCUUUCCUCUCCACCUACCCGAGAGUCGCAUCCUCUUCAACUGCAAGUUCCCCCGGACCACCUGGACCGCCCGGACCCCCAGGCGUAUGCCACGCGUCACAGUGCACUGGAAUUCAAGGACCGCCAGGAGAGCCAGGAAGAACGAUUAUAGGACCACAAGGACCGCCGGGCGAAAAAGGAGAGCGUGGUGAACGUGGAGAGCCCGGAGAUCGAGGCCUUCCAGGAGCCGCAGGUGCAGCUAACCUUCUCAACGGCGGCAAGGCUUUAGUCGGACCCCCAGGACCACCAGGAAGAGAUGGACGGCCAGGGGACAAAGGAGAAAAGGGCGAGCAAGGCUUACGCGGGGACAUGGGACUCCCCGGACCAGAAGGAACGCCCGGCAAACGCGGACGGAGAGGUCGACACGGAAUCUCACUCGUCGCACCGAACGGGACUAUCAAUGAGGAUUUGAAGAAGCUGCUGAAGACCGAGCUUAUGCCGCUGCUUAUUGAGGACAUCUCCGAGCUACGUGGCAAGAAUGUGAUUCCAGGACCACCAGGACCACCGGGACCUAGGGGACAUCACGGACCAGUAGGGCCGUCAGGAGAACGUGGACCUCAGGGUCUUCCAGGACAUUCCGGAGAGCGCGGAGAUCGAGGAGACAUCGGACCGCCCGGAUUGCCAGGGCAACCUGGCGCCGGAGAGAUCAGCGGCAGUCAGUCAGGCCCACGGGGUCCACCUGGCCUUCCAGGACCGCCUGGAGAAAAGGGUGAUCUUGGACCUCCAGGGCUUCCAGGCCAGCCUGGAUCCCUGGGUCUCCCAGGUCCACCAGGCCCGAUGGGUCUUCGAGGCCCUCACGGCACAGAGGGAGAAACGGGAAAACAAGGGCCCGAAGGAUCGAAAGGAUAUCCGGGGCCUAUGGGUCCACAAGGUCCGCCCGGCAACGAUGGGGAGCCAGGAAUCGACGGAAGGCCUGGUCCAGCUGGAGAGAAGGGAGAUCAGGGAAUACCUGGACUCGAUGCACCAUGUCCUACUGGGCCAGAUGGGUUACCUCUGCCUUAUUGUUCUUGGAAACCUAUGGAUGGCAAGAACGACGUCUGGGAGCGCCGAAAACGGGCUUCACUACCAGGAGCUCAGCCCGGGAAAGGUGCGGAAACGAGGCCGCCAGUCACUGACUGAAGAAGCCUCGGCUCCCACUUUAGGCACUGAUUCUUUACCCUCUAUUAGUGGUGCGCCCUGAAAUUGGAAAUUUGUUAGGAGGUACAGUACCCCUCGCCGUGCGCUACUAAUAAAGGGGUCCCACAUUUUUUACACUUUUUCUUAUGAAUCUGAUCUCUCUUCACUUUUUUUGCAUUAUUCUUGUAGUUUAUCUCUCGCCCCGCCCCCACAAAUUUUUUCAAAUUCCACGUGUGACUCCGCCCCCAUCCCCCACAUUUUCUUUCCAUUUUUCAGCGUCACAAUCUCGUUAUUUCUAGGAAUUUUCUUAUUUUUGAAGAAAAUUCUCCGUAACCAAGCUCACAAUCCUGGUGCACUUUUUCCGUAUUUCUACAAAAACUAAUUAUUAGAGACGGCGGGUAAGGAUAGGUCAAAAAUAUACAAUUUUCAUUUUUUUUCAAAAAUUAAAACCAUAUUGUGCGCGGCGCUUAAAAUUUUUUUUUUGAAUUUUCGUAAAAUUUGAGGCGAAAUUGCAGUCCAUCCAUUUUGUGGGCGGAGCGUAGAGCUCCGCCCCUUUUGUGGCAAUUUCUAAAGCUCCACCCAAUUUAAAGCCCACUAAUUUGAGUUUUUAUGAAAGAUUCAAAUUUCCCACCAAUCCCUUGUUCCGCCCGUCUUUGAUAUUUGUAUAAUUAUCAUGUCUUAAAAUCAAAUUUUUUAUUUUCAUUUUCAGUUUUUGCAUUGAAAUGUGUUUUCUCCUUUUUUGAAAAUAGUAAUAAUAAUAACAAUAAAAACAAAAUAAAAUUUCAAAAA